UUUUUUACGAUUAAGCAGUUAAUCCAACACAGUCGUUCGAAAUGUACAGGUUUAUUUUCGUUUUCUGCGCGCUGUUGCUCCUCCAGGGGGGUCAGGCUUUGCAGGAUAGUGAAUCGUCCGAGGAGCUUGAAAUCGAGGGGCGCAGCGUGUUCGACGAUGAUCUACGUGAGUUCGUUGAGUUUUUGCGCCUGCAAAUGCCUUGUGGUUAUGAGCCAGCUGGCAUACCACCAUUAGCACCAUUACAAGCCGGCUACCGAGCUGUGGAGUUGACCACCGACAAUGCCGCCAUACGUGGCAAUGUCACCAAUCUCAGCAUCACCGGUCUCGAUGAUUUCGAUGUGAGUGCGCUCGGUUUCAACAACGUGAUACAAAAAGUGAAAUACGACUUGUUUUUCCCCGAAAUACUCUUUACCGGUCUCUAUAAAGCCGAUAUAAUAACUAAGAUUUUUGGUCCCUCGAUGCGUGUGUAUGGUGAUGGUGACCUUCAUUUGACUUUGAAGGAUUUGCGCAUUUAUGGCAGUUUCAUCUUGCGUCCCAAGCUAACGGGUAGCGUAAGGAUGACCAGAUUCAAAGUGAAAUCGGAGUUGGGCGCUGUGGAGUCCAAAUUGACUGGUAUCAUGGAUAGUCCUUUGAAGACGAAGCUGAUCAACGCAUGGAUUGAAGAGUUCAUAAAUCUGACAUUCAACGACAGUCAGGAAGAUGUAAAUGCAGCGCUGAAGAAUUGGGUUGUGCCACCGGCAAAUCAAGCGUUGGAUAAAGUGCCAAUUAUUGGCGUUCUGGCACUGAUAUUUGGCAUUGUCGAUGGCUCAUUGCCACAGGAGCCACUUUGUUAGAGAAUUUUGUGUUUAAAUAGUAAUUUAACUUUAUAAAAUUUGUACGAUGUGAAGAUUUUAAUAAACUUUUUGUACUCAUGAUCACUUGAA